AGUUCAGUCUUUCUCCACCGGAGUUCCACUGUAGACAUGCGUUGUGCUGCCCUGAUCGCUUUGUGCAUUCUCGCACUUCUGGGCCAUUCGAAUGCUAAAGGACUAAAACGCGACUAUAUUCCUUUCCGUGAGCCUAAAAAGGAUCGAGGCAUGUAUCCUCUUCCUUUCGCUGGGCCUAAGAAGGAACGAAAUUCAAGUCCACCUGAAUUUGGACGCCCUUGCGGGUGUCCACUUAUAUAUACUCCUGUAUGCGGAGCGGACAGGAAAACCUACGCCAACGGUUGCAUUCUAAACUGCAAAAAUGUUCUGUUGUUUAGAGAAGGAAGAUGUGAUAGUAGAGAUGAAGAAUUAAGAAAGGAACCAAUCAUAUAUCAUUCUGAACCUUGCGCGUGUCCAUUACAUUCGAAUCCUGUAUGCGGAGCGGACGGGAAAACCUACGGCAACGAAUGCUUUCUUAAAUGCCAAAACGUUCGGUUUUUUAGACAAGGAAGAUGUGAUGGUAAAGAUGAUACAUUUGCACUUCAAAGGCCACAUUCCAAAUAUCAUCCUCAUCCUGGGUUCGAACGCCCCUGCGCGUGUCCAUUACAUUUGAGUCCUGUAUGCGGAGCGGACGGGAAAACCUACCCCAACCAAUGCCGUCUAAAAUGUAGUAAGGUUCGGUUGUGGCAACAAGGAGCAUGUGAUAAUAAAAAUGAUUUAUUUGAAAUCAUGAAAUCGAAAAAAUACAAAUAAAUGUAAGGUCACGUUUAUCUAUA